GCGCAAAUGGUUUAGUGGUAAAAUCCAACGUUGCCAUCGUUGGGCCCCCGGUUCGAUUCCGGGUUUGCGCAUUUCUUUUUUUCCCAUCUACAAACAACAUUUGAAUUGUACCUGUUCAUACUUAAGGCUUUGGAAGGUGGGUGUUCAUAGUUAAGUAAAAUUUUCAAGCUAUGAUUUUUCAGUGCACCAUUUUUUUUUCAAUGGAAACGCGACAUUAAGAGAUGAGCACACAGAGAGAUACAGACAGUAACACAUACAGUAACACAGACAGAAACACAGACCACAGACACUCAGACAGAAAUGAGUAGACGACAAGAGAUCAAACAGAAAGAAGAACUACAGGCGCGUUUCCAGUACUCAGUAGCGCAGAAUAAUGCGAAAGUGCUCAGUUGGCUCAAGCCCAGUGAGCAGAAGGGACAGACAAAAACUCAGACAGACAAUAAACCAGAUAAUAACUCGGACAGUUUCUUUAACUUACCCAUUAUACCGAGUGGUCAGAGUUUGGCCAGUGUAGAGAGUAUGACGUCUGGCUUGACUAAGAUCGGGGAGUUCAUUCAGUCUACCGAUCAACAAAUGAAGAGUGUUAAGCAGAGUAGUGGUCCAGGUCACGCGAACAAUGUCGCUAGGCGAAAUGUCUCUAAGCCCAUGUUAGCCUUAAUGAAUAAGAGUCGAAAUGUUACUAGAGAUAGAGUUAAAGAGAAGGCUCAGGCUCGAGUUAGUAUUAAUAAGUCGGUCAAGGAAGAAGUCGACUCGGAUCUGGACGAAGACCGGAUUCUUGAAAGUCGAAGUGUCAAGAAGAGACUUCCGGAUAUAGCGAAAGCAAAAUCAAAUACAAAGAAGAAAGGCCGGCCAUUCUAACUCAGAGGAUCAGUAUAUACACUACAUAGACAGUAAUAAACAUA